CUGUCUUAAAAGUUCUAGUUUUUCUGGGCUACCCUGAGACAAUGUGAUAAUGGAAGUAAUCAAUUUCAAAAAUUGCGCUACUUUUGACUGCCAUUGUUUGACUCGAUCACCGAUUAAUCAAAUGAUCUUUGUUAUAAAGAGUUGGAAUGCUCUUCAUUUCUCUAAUGUCGUUUUUCCUUUAGUCCUUAAGAAGCUAUAUAAUAACACUGGAGCAAUUUGUUUAGUAGGCAACCUUGUUUUUAUCAAUAGAACAUUGCUUCUUGAAAUUAUGCCUCUUAAAUAAUUUUGUGAUAACAAAGAAGCAGUUUCGGUUUCUGGAUAUUUGAUGUUUUAUUCACUGCAGCUUUGAGCAUAGUAACUCUUUUCGAGUACUCAUUUGUUAUUAUGAUUUUUCAUUGACAUUGAGAGAGGUUAAGCGUCUUUGUUGGCAAGAUAUUUGUGAGGGCAGGACGGCAGGUGUGGAAGGCUUCCGGUAAUCAGGGCAGAUUAGUGUGUGGCCAAAACAAAAAAUUGUGUUUGGAGUUUGGAGCCCUAUGAAAUUUUGUUAAGGAGAAGAACCAAGGGGGUGGCAUUCAAAAGUACAAUUUCAUUUGCUGCUAUAUCCCCACUGUUCCAGGAAUAAAAGGUGCAAUUCCAAUGAUGAACCAAGUUAUGAGUGCGACCAAAGGGGCAACUGACGCAUUUUCUGGUGUAAGCCAGUAUGCAAACAAUGCUUUGAGGAAGUUGGGAGCUAAAAAUAUUAAAGCAGGCAUUGGAUGUGGAGUUGGUCUUGGCCAUGGCUUUGGAUUUGGCCUUUCUAUGAAACCUGGGGUGGCUCAGAAGAUUCAGGCUUCUCUUGUGCAAGUGAUGACAAAGAUGAUGAUGAAUUUCGGAAUAGUUCCUGAUCUAUCUAUUGGUCAAAUUUCCAUACCACUGUCUAUGCAAAGUGGCAUGAGCAUGGUAGGUGAACCCUCAAUCCAAAACCAAAUUGGAAGGAUUACGCAAAUGGCAACAAAACUUCCAGACAACUGCUCUCAAGGUCUGGAUGGUUUUGGAAAUACUACCCCAGCUUCGACUUACAAAAAAAUUGCAUCGAAAGAGACUAAGGUUGACACAUCUCUUGGCAGAACGGAAAAGGUUAUCAGCAACUUUCUACAGGAUCCAGCCUUUUCAGAAGAUGGCACCAACUUAAAAGAAGUGGCUGGGCAAUUGCUGUCAGAAAACAACAUGCUUCAAGUGGUAUUGAAACACCAGAGAGUCAUUGAGGAGCUUAGAGAGCAGAAUGAGAAGCUUCGCCAAAUACUCGUGGAAGAUCUGAAAAUACCACCCAGUAAGCUCCAAACCAGUUUUUCAACCACAAACAAAUCUGCUUGCGAUGAUUGUUUUCACUGUCGAAGAAAACAAAGAAAAAGUUAGAUGGAGAUGAUUAUUAGAAUAAUUUAAGUGUUUGAAAUUUAUCUCAACUGAUGCCCUACAUGAUCAGGGAGCUUGGAUCUUUGGUUCGGCUUCAAAACCCAGGUGUACACACUACAAACUAUACUCGCAAAAAUUUGCAAGCUUGAUUCAAAAUAUAGUGUACAAACUACCGAAGGACCUCUUAAUUAGAUCUAGCUGAUGUUAGGAUCAUAAUUUUUCAUUUGCUGCUAUGACAUUUAUUAAGUUUCACUGAGCA